AUGACGGAUCACUCAAGAGACCCCGCUGGUCAUCCUCACGACUCCGAUUCGGGCUCAGACGUAACUCAUGUCGCGGCCGAACACCCUAAGCCCAUUUACCGCUCGAUAACCGGCUCAAACGAACCGACUCUUGAUGGCGCCGAUGUCGUCAACCUUCCCAUUCGAACGCUCAGCAACGAUGCUGAUCUCGAAGAAUACACGACCGAGACAAUCGACGGUCAGAUCCUGCGCGAGGUACGGUCCAACGUCACCGGCAACAUCGAACGCUACGAGCUCGUCACCUGGAAAGUCAACGACCCCGAGAACCCAAAGAACUGGUCCAAAGCGUAUAAGUGGUGGUGCACGAUGUGCGUCGCCCUGACCUGCUUCGUCGUGGCAUUCAACAGUGCUGUCAUCACGGCCGACAUCGAGGGUGUGGCCGAAGAGUUCCAUGUCAGUGAAGAGGUGGCUUUGCUUACGAUUACACUGUUCGUUGUGGGCUUUGGUGUUGGACCUAUGGCUUUUGCGCCGCUCAGUGAAAUUUUAGGAAGGAGGAUCAUCUAUGCGACGACGUUGUUCUUAGCGGUUCUGUUCACGAUUCCGGGAGCGGUGGCCAAAAACAUUGAGACGUUGUUGGUGACGCGUGCGCUUGCGGGAAUAUGGUUUUCUGCGCCGAUGACUUUGGUCGGUGGUACCUUGGCGGAUCUGUGGAGGAACGAGGAGCGCGGUGUACCCAUGGCCGCCUUUUCUGCCGCACCCUUCAUCGGCCCCGCGAUCGGACCACUUGUCGGUGGCUUCCUCUCCGACGCAAAGGGCUGGAGGUGGCUGUACUGGAUCCAAUUGAUCCUCUCUGGCGCCGCUUGGGCGGCCAUCUCCUUCACUGUCCCAGAGACGUAUACCCCGACGCUGCUCGCCCGCCGGGCGAAGAAAAUGAGGAAGGAGACUGGAGAUGACAAGUACGUCACUGAGGAGGACAUCUCCAGGGCACCUUUAAGCCAACGCCUCAUGACCUUUCUGCUCCGACCAUUCCAAUUACUCUUCCGAGAGCUCAUCGUCUUCUUCAUCAGUGUGUAUAUGUCGGUCCUGUAUGGAUUGCUAUACAUGUUUUUCGUCGCGUACCCAAUCAUCUACCAGAAAGGCAAGGGCUACAGCGCCAGUACCACUGGUCUCAUGUUCAUACCAAUCGCCGUCGGCGUCGUGCUCAGCGCCUGCUGUGCACCAUUCGUCAACAAGCACUACCUCAAGCUGGUCGCAAAGCACAACGGCAAGCCCCCAGCCGAGGCCCGUCUCAUCCCGAUGAUGAUCAGCUGCUGGUUCAUUCCAAUCGGCCUGUUCAUCUUCGCCUGGACCUCCUACAGCGACCUCCACUGGUCGGGCCCUGCUCUCGGCGGCUUCCCAGUCGGCUUCGGCUUCAUCUUUUUGUACAAUGCUGCCAACAACUACCUCGUCGAUUCGUACCAGCACCAGGCUGCAUCCGCGCUCGCGGCCAAGACGUUCCUGCGUUCGUUCUGGGGCGCGGCGGUCGUGCUGUUCACGAAUCAGAUGUAUGACCGGCUCAACUACCAGUGGGCUAGCACGCUGCUCGCUUUCAUCGGCUUGGCUUGCUGUGCGAUUCCGUUCGUUUUCUAUUACAAGGGCGCUGCUAUCCGGAAGCAUUCGCACUAUGCAUACCACGGGGAUGAAGAGAAUGAGGCCGGUAUGACGGAGGAUAAGGCGGCUCAUUAA